AUGCACACGUUCUGGGGCUUCGGGUUCUCCAGCGAGGACUCGACUGUGGAGGCACCACCAGAGCCAGUUGCCAAGCGCUAUGAAACAGCACCUACGGCCUCCUCGUCUCUCGGGCUCGGGCCCCCACAAAAGAGCCGAAGCUGGGCCAGUAGCGUCCUUGAAAGCUUCCGCAUGGACACCAGGUUCGAGAGCCGAGCGACGAAAUCGCCAGGUGAGGAGGAUCUCGAGAGUUCCAGCCUCGAGCCCUUUCGCAGCCUCACGCGCCGGGCACAUCAACUCCUCGCCCGCCAGCACCAUCGAGCGCUGGUGAGCAGGAGGAGGGCAGCUCAUGAGAAUUCAUACGCCACAGAGCGGCUGAUCUUAGCCGAGGCAGAGGCUGAUGAAUUGGAGGAAGUCCUAAAGCAGCACAGUCGAGCUUUAGGAGCUGGGGAGGAGCACGGCAGUCCCUCCGACAUGUGUGACGCCGAACGGCUCACUAUGUCCGGUUGGUCAACUUCUGCGGCAUCAUCUGCAACGAAGCCCACGGAGUUGCUUUGCAGAUGGGAGUCCGAAGAUACGGAGGCACGGCAAGAGCUGGAGUCCCUUCAGACGGUGAUGUCGCAGACAGCUGCCGAGCUUCGCUCUGGCUUGCUGCACCUGCCUUCGCCAGAUUGCGAUUUCGCAUCUCAUGGCAAUGCAGGCCUAUGCCGAGUUUUGUCGGCCGCCCUCCCCCAGCUCGUGCAAAGUUGCGCCGAUGCCAUGGAAGUGGGCAGCAGCGAAGAUGACUGGGCAGGAGCCGAAGCCAGCCUCUUCGAAGCCCUGGUGCAAGUGACGUCCUGCGCGUGUGAGUCGCCCUCGGACCUGGACUUCCAGCUCCAAGAAGAUGCCUUCGCGCAUGGGGCCCAUGGCACCCAUGUGAGCGCCAGCCCCGAGGAGCAGCGCGACCAAGCGGCCCUGCAAAAGCUGCUCGGGAGGCUGGAUGCGCUGAGCCAGCAACUUGAGCAGGAAGCUCCCAAACAGAGCAGCCAGAACGCUUCUUCGGUCCCGGACACCGGAAACACCACGAACGCAGCGUCGAACAGUUUCGGUGCCUCCGCGACUCGCCUGGCGGACCUCGAGGCCCAGGUGCAGCGCCUCGUGGCCGAGAACCAGGCGCGCCGCGUGCCGCGCGCCCUGCUGGGAGCUCUCCUUGCUCUGGAGGAGCAGCUGUCAGGGCGCUUCUCAGAACCGCCUCCGAGUAAGGCCUUCCAAGCUGUGGAUCGCAUGGAGCUGCCAUCCGGGGUAGCCCUGCCACGCGACGCAGGUCGGAGGUUGUCCCCAGCAGAGCGAGUGGCCUUGAGCAACAACGUCCGGCAGCGAGGCAGCAGGCAGAACUGCGCCGCGCCAGCUGCAGCGAGGCCAAGGCAAAGCUCCGAGCCAACGAGGAUCCCUUUGAAUGGCACGGCAAGGCCGGCAAGGUGCUCAGUGCAGCUUCGGCGCAGCGGUGAAGCAGGCACCAUAGCUGCGGCUGCAGCCGCAGUAGUUCCAUUUCUUCCAGAACGUGGGAGAGGAGGCAGGAGGCCUUUCCGGCCCAUGAGAGCAGCGAGAUCAGACCUUGAGGCCGAGGUUACAGCUGCAGUGGAGGUUGUCCAGCGCUCGAUGCGGCUUGUGCAGGCCCUGGCUUGUGACAUGGAUGUUGCUCCGCCUUCGUUGGGGAAAGAAAUGGAAGCUUGCGACAUUACGGCCGGCAUUUCCGCCAUCAAGCCAGGUGACUCGACACCUGUCACAGCGGCAGACUACGCCAUUCAAGGUCUUGUCUUUGAAAGUCUGCAGAAACAGUUCCCUUCAGAUAGGUUCAUGGGGGAGGAGGAUGCUGCGGAUCUGCGUGCUGAUGCAGAUCUUUGCGGGCUGGCACUAGCGCUAUGCUCAAAAUUCGGUGACAGCAGCAUCACGAAAGAGUCCUUCUUAGCUGCAGUUGAUGUGGGGCUGGUGCCGCCUCGAGAGGGCGAGAACCGUCGAGUCUGGGUUCUCGACCCGAUCGAUGGCACCAAGGGCUUCUUGACGGGCCAGGGUUACGUGAUCGGCUUGUCCUUGCUGAUGGAUGGCGAAGCCCUCGUCGGGGUCAUGGGCUAUCCCAAUGCUACCGCGACUCCGCCCAUCAUGCUUGCUGUGAAAGGCCAUGGGCUUCGCUGGUGGCCUGCAGAGGGCCCAGGCCCGCUGGAGUACGAGCCUCCAAAGCCAGACUGGGCCAGUCAAGACUUCGGACAACUGCCACCGCCUUUGCCGGGGCCGCUGCAAGUAGGCCGUGACUACCCUCCUUGGCUCCUGUCUCCGCAGAGCACCCGGACUGCCUGCAGGCCGUUUGGCGAUGCCCCAGCCACAGAUAUGUGCUGCGGCUCCAUGGUGAAAUACUUCGCGGUGGCUGCUGGAACCCAUUGCGGGUAUGUGCAGUAUGAGGAGCAGUUGAAGACGUGGGACCAUGCUUGUGGCAUUCUCUGUGUCCAGGAGUCUGGUGGGACCGCGUGUGUCACCGAUGCUGCUGGACAGCCGGUAUUGUUCCCUGGCCGCAAGUUUUUCGUGCUCGGUGGCAUCGUUUCGUGCUCGCGCUGGUGCACUUCGGAAAUGCGAGAGCUACUGCUCCAGGCUGCCGCUGGAAAUGCAUCCGAGGGGAAGUAG